UUGGCACAUUGCGUUAGUUUCAGCUUCAGUAACGUCGCGACCAUGGCUACGGACGGACGCACGAAGCGCUCACAAUCCAUCUGCGCGCCUGCUUCCGCGAGUAUGGAAGCACUGGCUGCGCCUAUAGAAACCACACCAGCUCCUCGACGACGGCCAGCCGCACGAUCACAAUCGGCCAGGAUAACUGGGGGACGCUCAGUGAGACAGAGACGGCAACAGCAACAGCAGCAACAGUUAGAUAGAGAAACCAAGGCAAGAUACAGCUCCGAACCGCGUUUGGCCGAAGCAGAAACUCCGCCACAAGUUCGCAGGCAGGCGUCCGCAAGGCGCAGGCCGCCCGCUGGUCAGCAUAGCCAACCGAGGCGGUCCAACGCCUUCCUAGAUGUCCCCAAACCACACCAGCCAGAGGAGGAACCAGAUGAAGACUCUUACAGACUACGAUCUUUCAACGUCACGCAAAAAGGAGGAAUCGUGAAUCGAGGUGACUCCUUCCGGCGGCGUCGUUCAAGAUCCGGAAGUCUCGCGCCAGCAUCUCCCGCCCAAUCCGCGCCCGAGUCCCAAGAACGAAGGCCGGUGGCAUUGCACCGAGUAGCCAUGGUGGGCGCCCAGGGUGUCGGAAAAACUGCCUUAAUCAGCCAGUUCCAGACUAGUGAAUGCAUCAAUGCGUAUGACAGACAAAGAGAUGCGGACGGCACGGAGCAGAAAGUAUCAAUUCUACUAAAUGGCGAGGAAUCCGAGCUAUAUUUCGUAAACUGCACAAGUACAAGGGAAGAGAUAGACCGCUGCGAGCCACCAGAUGCGUUCGUCGUAAUAUACUCUGUAGUAGACAAGGCAUCCUUCCAGAAGGCUGAGCAGGAAUUGGCCAGAUUACUGGACUCUGACAUGUUGAGAUGCAGGCCGGCGGUUUUGGUUGGGAAUAAAAUAGAUUUAGCGAGAAGCAGAGCUGUUUCGACACAAGACGGUAAAUGCCUCGCGUGCACAUACAAAGCGAAAUUCAUAGAAGUGUCAGUUGGCAUCAACCACAACGUCGACGAACUCCUUGUCGGCAUCCUCAACCAGAUCAGGCUAAAGCAGCAGCAGUUCACCUCCGAUGGAGGCAGAGAGUCGUCACCCGCACACUGGUAUAAAUCCCGGGGUGUUGUACGCGCAAGUAUGAAAGCGCGGCAAAUGCUAACAUGGAUCUUUGGGAAAGAGGAUUCGAAAUUCAAAAAUUGUGAGAACUUACAUGUUCUGUGAGUAGAAUCGGAUGGCCCCGUUUUUGUAUAGACAGUAAAACGAGGCUGUGAAGUGAUUAGACAUUUGAAGUGUCCAGUGUGUGGUAGCAAUUUAAAUUUUAUUAGAACACCCAUUCGAUGUAAUACGAAAGCGAAAUCGAUUAUCUGAUAUAACAUAUUUUAAAUAUAGAACAUGAGUGUCAUUUAAACGACUAGUGUUGUUUUUUUUAAUAAAUUAUUAUUUCAUUGUACUUAAUACAAAUUAUAUUUUGAUUUUUUUCGAUAAAAAAUUCUCAUUUUUUUUAAGGAUCAAAUCUUAUUGACGAUGUUAGUUAAUAUUUGUUUAUUGGCUAAUGCUGGACACAAUAAUCGGAUAAAGGGCCAAAAUUCUGACAUACGUCAGACGAUAAGUGCCAAUGCUUGAGAGAAUUUAUUAAGCUUAAAUAAAUCAGUAUUUUGUCCUUUAUAUUAUAAAACUUGUAUUGUGAGCAAUAUAACCUAGAUAGAAAAUAUACUCAAGAGUUUAAAUUUUAUAUAAAUCGCUAGUAAUAAUUCUAUGUAAAUAGUCCAUAAAGCCCGGGUCCACUACAAAAUUUCCUUCCAACUAGACCUCUUUUUUCAUAGAAGACCUACGUAUUUUCCUAUAUAACUUAUAAGUACCGAUUUCCUAACAUAGUAUCAACAGUUUCAGUCCUAGACAAUAGAUAAUAAAUCAGCCUGUAAACCAUAAUCGAUACAAACGUAAAUUAUUAUUAAAUGUUUCAAUGUUUCGAGUGGUUCAUAAACUGGCAAUAUAAAAAUAUAUAGAAAGGUGUUAUAUGUGUCUAUAAUCAAUAAUUCAGCGCCAUCUCGUGGGUACAUCACUAAAGUAUUCCAAUGUUAGGCAAAGUAUUUAACGAUAGCAUUUAAUACUUUGUACAGUUUUUGACAUGUAGCAGUUUUUGAUUCUUCAUUGAUACUACGUGUGCGAUGUCUAAGAUCUUGAUAUUUACUCUACUCUGAACUAUCUAGUCUUAAAUAAUGUUAAAACUUUCAUAAUUGUAAAUAUAAACUGCAUAUGCACCGAAGGAUUUGAUGUUGUUUGUGUAUAAUUGUAUAAUUAUAAAGUAGGUUAUUUAAUAAUGAAAUCAAAAGUCAGCCAUAAUGUUCGUUGUUCUUUAGUGGGUGAUUGACUAAAUACUUCUAUUUAGCCUUUAUUCAGCCAAUAAAUUACAUGAAACACAGAGUAUAAGAUCAAUAAUUAUUUUUAAAAGAUGGAAAAUUGAGAUUCGUUGCCAUUUAAAUCUCUUCAUAAAAAAUAAAACCGUCUACUUACAACGCUAUAUGUAAACUCAUCUUCAUCCAGUGUUUGACAGAAGGAGAUAAAAAGUUUUUGUAGACUAUACAGUCGUUGUCAUACUGUAACUCCCUAAAAAAUCAAAUGACUAUUGGCAUGACUUUUACGUACUUUACCCGCGCAAAGCCGGCUAUUUUUCAUAAAUUAAUAUAAAUAUGUAGUGCCUUUAUCUUAUCUAAAUGGUGUUUUUAUCGUAAUUAAGUAUAAUUAAUUAUAAUAAAUUUUAUAUGUGUUUAGAUUAUUAUAAGUGUGUAGUAUAUCCAUAUAAUAUAUUGAGCGUUAUUUUCAUAAGGAAUUUUGAUUCAUACUAAACUGUCUGCUAUCUGCACAAAUAUAAUAUUACUUUAAAUGAAUUUCCAUUGAACAUUGUAAUUGGUAGUUACAAUUAACUAUCAAUUAUCAAAAUCUCUGCUUUCAAAUUUUACCUCUCUAACAUAUAUACAUGUGAAUUUGUUACAUUAUGUACUUAACUAGAUUUAUCGAAAUUGUUGCCACCGAACGACUACCACAUCUAGACUAUAUGUUUAGUGUAAUAUCGGCCAUGCCAGUGCCAUCUAUUGAAGCAAGGCUGGUAUGUUUUCCGCUGGAUUUUCCGGACUAAUUGUGCCCCCAUUUCAUUAAAAUAUAUGUAAAUAAUGUAAUAAAUUCGGGUAUAACCAUUAAAGUUUAAAUACAUCAGUCUAAAUAACCAAAGUACUUUAUCAAUACUUUGUAAAUAAUAAGACUAAUUUUAAUAUAAAAGAGGUUAUAUACAAGAACUACCAUUACCAAAUAUGCCCUAAUUCACUUACUUAACUUAAGGCUUAAGUGCAGCUUAAAUUUUGGAUCAUUUAAGAGUAAUUAAUCGGAUUACCGUUCGAAAGCUUUGGCCGGACAGAAUUGGAACUCACAUUUCAUACUGGAUUAUGUCUGUGUAACUAACUUUGUGCUUGUCGUUAUGACAAGCAAUGAAAUGCUAUAAUAAUCAAAUCAAACCGAAUCAAAAUACAUUUAUUAAUGUAGGUAACAUACACUUAUGAACGUCAAAAUAGAAAUAUACAUUGAAAGCUUAUAUCAGAUUAAAAUUCUAAUUUUGCACUUACUGCCAGUUCUCAAAUCAAGUGCGUAGAACGAAAGAGAAGAUCGCCAAGUCUUUUCUUUUACAUAACGUUUGUAAGGAGCUGCAACCAUUACACCAUGUUCCAUGUGACAUCUUAAGUAAUAAAAAAUAAUAAAAUAAAUCAAAAACAAAUAUUUGCCC